GUCGGGCCCAGCCGGGGACCUGCCGGCGGGGAGGCGGCGGUGGGCGCGGCGCGGCCCGCCCCGCCCGCCGCUGCGGCCAGCUCGGCGACUGCCCGCCUCCGCCUGCCGGGGACGCCACUCACCGCGGCGGCGAGCCCCGGCGGCGAGGAGCGCUCGGUGGCCGCGCCAGGGCCGGGCCGCGCCGGCGGGACCGCAAAUGAAGUGCGAGAAUUGCACCAAAAAGGAAUGCAGUAAAAAACAGAAAAAUGAUGAUACGCAAAGUACGUCUGUUGAUCCAUUGAGUUCAAAUGAUGGUUUUGAAGAGAAAGAUGAGUUUCAUACAUUGGCUAAUGCUAAAACACUCCUUAGCGACUGCCUAGCUUGUGACAAUUGUAUGACAUCAGAAGAAGGAGCCAGAGUUUUCCAACAGAAUCAGAAGGAGCUCUUUCGUAUUCUUAACCUUAAUAAGAAAUGUGAUACCUCAAAACACAAAGUGUUGGUAGUGUCUAUAUGCCCUCAGUCAUUGCCUUAUUUUGCUGCUAAAUUCAAUCUCUCUGUGAAUGAUGCAGCCAAGAGACUCUGUGGUUUCCUCAAAAGUCUCGGGGUGCAUUAUGUAUUUGACACCACUAUAGCUGCUGACUUCAGUAUCCUGGAGAGCCAGAGGGAAUUUGUGCAGCGGUAUCAACGGAGGAACCAGGAGGAGCAUGCCUUACCAAUGUUUGCCUCUGCUUGCCCUGGUUGGAUCCGGUAUGCUGAAAGGGUACUUACCAAUCUUGUGACCUCUCACAUUUGCACUGCAAAGUCUCCACAGCAGAUCAUGGGCUCCCUGGUGAAAGGCUACUUUGCCAGGCAGCAGAACUUGUCUCCUGAUAAAAUCUUCCAUGUAAUUGUGGCGCCUUGUUAUGACAAAAAACUGGAAGCCUUGCGGGAAGACUUCUACACUGCCUUGUAUAAUUCGCAAGAAGUUGAUUGUGUUCUGACAUCAGGUGAAAUUGUCCAAAUAAUGGAACAGAAAAAUGUGUCUAUGAAAGAUGUGACUGAAGUAGCUGUAGAUAGUUUGUUUGAUGAAAUAAAGGAGGGAGAUGUAGUAAGGCAUGACGGGAAGAGAUCCGAUGGUUACUUGGAGCACAUCUUUAAACAUGCUGCGAAGGAGCUUUUUGGUGUGGAUGUCAAAGAAAUCACCUACAAAGCAUUAAAGAACAAGGACUUUCAAGAAGUUACUCUUGAAAAGGAUGGUGAGACAGUGCUGCGUUUUGCAGCAGCGUAUGGCUUUAGAAAUAUCCAAAACAUGGUUCUGAAGUUGAAAAAAGGAAAGUUUUUGUACCAUUUUGUAGAAGUCCUUGCCUGCCCAGGAGGGUGCCUAAAUGGAAAAGGUCAGGCACAAACUGAAGAUGGAAAACCGGACAAAGCACUGCUUAACCAGAUGGAAGAAGUGUAUGCUGCAAUACCUGUUAGACUUCCAGAAACCAACAUGCACGUACAACAGAUGUACCAGGACUGGCUGGAAGGCAUGGACUCUAAGAAGGUCCAGGAAACUUUGCACACCAAAUACAGCGCAGUAAAUCAAACAGCAAGCAAUCUGGAUAUCAAAUGGUAAUAAAUCAAACUUGCAAAAGAUUUGCUUAGGUUAGUUACAGAUUCAGCACUGGAAACAUUCUAUGCAAUCGCAGAUGCUAUGCACUAGCCGAGUGUACGAAUGAGACGCUUCCUAAUCGUGGAUUAUUACUUGUGAAGAACCAUUGCUUUUUGAAAACAGAAAGAGAAGUCUCCGAAAGCCCUGGUUCCUGCCAUUGUCCUUUAACUUUUACUGUGUGUAAUCUCCUGUGUAUAAUGGAUUUCUUUAUUCAAAAAUGUGAUCUUGCAAGGUACAUAAGCACUUUCUGCCAGGUGCAGGGGGUGUAUUUCCUGAUGAAGCUACUCCCUACAAAGCUACAAAAUGGGCUUCCCCAAGAAGGCGAGAUUAUUUUACUCCUACUCCUAGAUAUGCAAACCCUUUCAUCGUAGGAAAACAGUCAUGAUGAAUUUCAAUGUUGUUGCAGUUGUUUUGAAGUAACUUGAGAUUGAUUUGCCUCGUUAACAAAAAAAACCCUUUACAGGCACGAGUGUAUAUAUGGAAAAGUGUAAUGAAUUUAAGUAUGCCUUCUAUCCAGAUUUUAACAAAAACUAUUCGGUUCCAAACUAGAGCUACUGUUCCUUACUGAUGCAGUAUUUUGUAAGGAACAGGAUGCUUCAUAUAAACUGAUCUUGGGAAACUAAUGCUAAAUGGUUAUAAUGCAAUCUGUCAUUAAAAAUAGUUCCAAAUACGUUGGCUGAUACAAAAAGAGAACUUUUCUUUCCUUGUAAGUUUUCUUAGAAACUUGCAGCUAGGAAGAGUGGUGCUGCUUUCUGUGUCUGGCUUUAUGAGAGUGAAACAUGCACGUGCACUGUCAGGUGAGCACAUGCAUGCUACAACUUUGCUAGAUUUGCCGAGCCAGACUUAACAGCACUUUAGUAGUUCGGUACACAGAAUAACAGAUUGGGGUUUUUUUUAAUUUAUCUCCUCGUUGACAGACUUCUGUAAAAAUAACUUUCAUGGAGUGCCUCUGAAAAAAAUACUUAGCAAUGCUUCUGAGCCCAUCAGAGUUACUAUGUAUUGGCAUCAUGAAUUUGAUGCACUUAUUUUUAAAUAUGCUUUAGAGGUUUCAUUUAACAGACAUCUUAAAGCUUGCAUGCAAAUACCACUUUUCUGCAACUUCAUGAGUUGUCAGAGGGUUAUUCAAGAAUGUGAUGGACACAAAAAAAAAAUCAAACUACUGCCAAACUUCAGAUUUUCUUAGUAGCAUCAAAUUUGUUCACGAUUAGUGGCUGUUUGAAGGUAGCAAAGUUUAAGGUUUCCUUUUCCAGUCUGAAAGAGUGGAUGGGCUUUUUUAAUUAUUUCAGGCAGUGUUUGAAUGAAUCUCCUUGUAUUAUUACAGCUGCUUGUGUGAGUAAGAUCUAAUACUGCGAAAACCUGUGUAUGUUUGAAAUCUGCGUUUAACUUGAACACAGUGGAUGGGAUAAAGGCAUCGGUGAAAGCAAUGCAAGUUCUUGCAUUGGCUGAACAACAGAGGCUCAAAUGGAGAGAGACAGCGUUAAAUAUGUUACCCUGAUGACAAGAGAUAGUUCUCUUCAUGGGAAGCUGUUAAUAGAAUUGCAGCUUUCAGUUGGACCUCCACCUAAAUAACAAAACACUUUCACUUUGAGGGAUGUUUUCUUUCAAGUGCAAAUGAAUUUGAUUACUGUGCUACCUGAAUGCACACAGCGAGAUUAUACCCACCAAUUAGCCUUUGUAAGUCGUUCCUUGUUGUAAUAAAAACAUACUUACUUGGUGCAAUAUCAGAACAUCUACAGAAAUCUACCUCUGUACAGGAAGGGAGUCCAGAAAUCGUGGGAAGACGUAUGUAUAGCUGAAACUAAUAAAUGUCUGCUAAAGAAAGAUGGUGGUGUUGCAUGAAAUUACUUCUAGAAGCAACAUCCAGCUCCUUUAGUCUGAUUUUUUUCUUCAUCUGUCAUGAUCUUCUCCAAAAACUUCAGCAGAAUUACCUUGUAAUAAAGUGGUCUUGUUCUGUUUGUAUAGACGUAUGUUUCUAUGUAUAUAUGGUUUAUAGUUUGAUGGCAUGUUUAAAUUAUAUUGCUUCAGUCCUUUGUAUAGUACGCUUAUUUUUUUAUGUGCAUAUACUAGAUGAAAUGGUACAAGAAGAGUUGUUUGCUUUUCUGAUGAAAUCUUCACUAAACUACACAAGAGCUGCCUUGCUAUUCUGAAAUGAUACCCUUGAACUGUUUGUAUGACUUGAAAAAUACUCAUCUUGUGUAGGUGGCAUUGCUGUACAUGUUCUCUUUUGCCGUUAUGCUUGCCUGGUCACUGGAGAGCCUCACUCUUCCCGUGCCGGUGGGAACCCUGGGAACAGGCCAGUAGAUGAAAUAAAUCUGUCUACAAUACACUGCGGUGCGCUCCCACUACAAGGGACAUGGGUGACUCAGUGCAUAAAAUAAACUUUUUUUUUCAGUUGAACCCACCAUUUCUUCUAUCUACUAAAGUGUUUUAACCUAUAUUGAGAUAGUAGGAAUGUAAAAAAUCUAUUAGAGUAUUUGUCUACUGCAGUAGUCUUUUUUUAAAGACAAGGCAGGCAUCUAACUGGGCAGUUUUUAGCAGCUUAGGUGGAAUGUAUGUAUUAUAACUAGUGACUUACAGUGACUGAUGCUUGUCUUUUUUUGGUCAGUUUUUGUUUUAUGAGACUUUUUGGAGUAAAACUGAUUUUAAGUUUUUAAAGCCCUUUUUUUUAAAGUGCCAGCUUAGUGAAAAAAAAAAAAAAAAAGUUUUUUUUUCCCUUAACUGUAAUAAGUCUUUCCCCCUCUACCUUCUUUCACUAAAAUUUUAACAUAUAUCAGAAAACCCUGUUGCAACUUCAUAUAUAGUGAAAUACUUGCUUAAGAUUUGAUUCUGGCUAUCAAAUCUGCAGUUGGGAAGUCUGUCAUUGUAGACAAUGUGUGUUUCUAGCCACACUUUCUGAAACUACAGCAUUGUUUAGUUCCCUGAUAGGAUUUUGGCAACGAAUAAUUUUCACUGCUACUGCCUUUUCAGCAGUGGGAAAGUUCCUUGUGUGGUCACAGCCAUAGUGCUUUACUUCUCUGUUGAAUAUUGUGCCGAGACAAUCUUGUCUCUAGAUGAUUUUUAGAAAAGACUAAAUUGGAGGGAUUGCAGGAAAGUAAUUGGAAGCGUUAAAUUAAUUUGGAAAUGGCCUUAGGGUAUUAUUGGCUUGAGCACGUCAAGUGCUUGAUGCCUUGGGUUCCAGUACUUUAUUCUGAGGCUGCUACAACAAGGGAUACGUGUUGUGAAGUAUUUUUGCUAUGCCUUCUCCAGUAAGUUUGCCUCAGCCACAGCACCUUGUGUUUGUCCACUAUAGUUAAUGAACAUGGGCAGACAUGGGCUAUGCCAUCACUUAGAAUAAUGGAUAUAUCUGUAUGCCGCAGUCUCAACUGGAUUAUAUUUGGACAAUGUUCAGUUACCAAAAUUUUGGUGCUUUGUAUUCAAAUGGAGCAUGACCAUGAAUUGUCCUAAAUAAAUCUUGAUACUGAAUUA